AUAUAUAUAUAUAUAUAUAUAUAUAUAUAUAUAUAUAUAUAUAUAUAUAUAUAUAUAUAUAUAUAUAUAUAUAUAUAUAUAUAUAUAUAUAUAUAUAUAUAUAUAUGUAUGUAUAUGUAUAUAUGUGUACAUAACACACAUAUAUGUAUAGAAACGAUCUAUUCUCAAAGUAAGUACAGCACCAAAAGAAGAAUUGUAUGUGGCCUCUGA